AUGGCUCCAAGCCGUCCAUCUCUUUCUCCUUCGCACCACGCCGUGUGCCCCGCAACCGAGGAGCCUCAGAGGGUCCUGCAUUGGUACGGGGUUGCGAGGGUAGAGCCGCUUGGCUGCCGUGACUCUCUUCCUCGUAUUCUGGCGCCGAAAGGGCGUCCACGUGAUUCAGAAAUGGCCCAUCGCCAGCUAGCCGCUUGCUCUCUGAUGGAGAAUACCUCUCCGACGUCGGAGUUCAUCCAAGUCGUCCGCCUCAACGCAGAGCCGCACAAGCAGCUGUCACCCGAGAUUUACAUCAGCACCUCACCAGCGUCCUCGAAAAUAAGUUCCUUCACCGAUGCAGCAACUGGUCCAUGGACUAUUAAGUUGGGCGUCUGCACAACAUCGUUGGCGGUUGUCCUUUUCUUCCUCGACUCGGUACGCACGCGCUUUGACCUCCGCGCUCCGCUUUCUCGCUCCCGCGACCGUACUAGCUCUUCCUCAUCUUUUUCCUAGAGAUUCUUUCCCUCUGUACUUGUACUUGUAUCUGUAUUUCGUGUUCGCUUCCUUUCUAUUACGUUUUAUUUCCGUUUCGCAGUUCCCGUACGGCCAAAGGCUUCCUAUUUCCUGUAAUAACGGAUAAGCGAGGUCGACAUCGGCGUCACCUC